AUGGGACCGUGUGCCCAUUCUAUCGACCAACCAAUGGGCACCAAAAAGCGGAGACGCGCGCAGGCCGCGAGCAUCAGAGAUGAACAGCCUCCAACGUCCGUAGAACUCCAGCAUAAGGAGAAGCAUAAGGAGAAGAAGACGACGACGAAGCCCAAGUUCAGUAAACCCCCGAGUCCUGAGCCAGUGCCUGCAAAUGAUGCGCAUUUCGAACCAAAGAAUGUGCAACUGACUGGUUCUGGAGCGUCCAUUCGUGUAGCAGCUGCUAGCAGUGUGAAGAAGAGUGGAAACAAGGAGAACAACAAGAGCGUCGAGUCUACGGCAGCAGCUCAAGCUACUACUGCAACCAAGAAGAAGGCGAGAGGACAGGCUAAAGGGAGCGAGAUUGAUGCUUUGUUCACUCAGUUGAAGACGGAGAAGAAGAAGAAGAAUGCUGAAGACGAGCAGCACAAGCUAGCUGAAGUGGAGGCUGAACGCCGUGAAAUGAAGGAGAAGCAGCGACUACAGCAGCAAAUCAAGAAGCUGGAGGCACAGAACACGAAUUCCACUGCAGUCGGCCUCAAUCCGGACCCACGACCUGUCCGCUACGAUGAGAAUGGACUGCCCAUUUACACGGAAUCUUCGCUGCAGAUCGGCAAAGGUGGCGGCUCGAAGGACUGCCCGUUUGACUGCUGGUGCUGCUUCUGA